AUGUCCGAUUACGAGGAAGCUUUCAAUGAUGGUGCAGAGCACUUUGAGGAUUUCGAUGUUGAGCACUUCUCAGAUGAAGAGAACUUUGCUGAGCCAGUAAAUGGAAAUGGCAACGAGGGGGGUGAAGUGAAAGCAGAGAAUGGACACACUGUAAUUGCUGGGGGAACAGGACCGGAGGACUACCAAAAUUACGAGCAGACGCGGAGGAAAACUCUGAAAGAGAAAGCUAUCCCUAAGGACCAGAGGAUAACGACACCAUACAUGACAAAAUAUGAGAGGGCCAGAAUUUUAGGAACGCGAGCAUUGCAGAUUUCGAUGAACGCACCAGUUUUUGUUGAUUUGGAGGGUGAGACUGAUCCACUAAGAAUUGCAAUGAAGGAACUUGCCGAGAAAAAAAUCCCUUUGGUGAUAAGAAGAUAUUUACCAGAUGGCUCAUUUGAAGACUGGAGUGUGGAAGAGCUAAUUGUUGGUUUGUGA